AAUUCAUUGUAAAUAAAAAUUGAAAUACCAAUAUUAUCAUUGAUACAGUCAAUUUUGUACAUUGUUUUCAUGUUUGAAGCGCAAUUCACGUCCGUUUUACUCGAAGCUCGUGUAGAAAAUGGCUCGCUGCGUCGAAAUGUCGUCAUCUCGCCUUCGUCACAAAACUAGGGUAGCAUGUGGGAAAAGGAUAGAAUGUCAUUCUGUUUCAGCCGCACUCGUGGAGCAUGCUCAAUGUGGAUUGUGCGCAGUCGGCCGGCAUUGAACGAUGCGCGUUUUCGCCAUUUUGUUUUAAAACGUUGACGUGUGCACAAGUGCGAUGAUAAAUAUACAAUGUGAAAAGGUACUUUAGUUAUUUAGUGAAAGUGUUUUACUAUAUUAAAUGUGUGUCUAGUUUCGUCUGGAUUUCGUGUAAACCAUGGUGAAUAGGUGAACGCGAAAAAUUGGUGUUUUAAAUAUGGAUGAACAAAGUGCAUUUAUUAACGAAGAAAUUGAUGCAAAAAAAAUGAAUGACGAUGAAGAUGCAAAAUGGAAAGAGCUAAGAAAAAUAAGAAAUGAACGUCGAAGAAAAUAUUAUCACCGUAAGAAAUUAUUGGAGGAAAAUGGAAUAAGAAAAAAUAAAGAAAAAGUACAAAAAUCAAAUGCUCAACGUCAGAGGAAAUGUCGUCGACGUAAAGCAGGAGUACCUGACGUGGAUAUGAAAAAUGAAAAAUUGGACAGUGAUGCAAAUGUAUCUGAUGACAAUAAUAUAGAAGAAUUACCGCUACAAGAAAAUCUAUUUGACAGCCACCAAGUUCCAAUUCGUGAACAGCGUACUGAAAGUUUUACUCCAGAAGUUAUUAUACGCAUUAAUACAGGAAUUCUGAGCGAUGAAGCGUCCCAAAAAAAGAGGUCAUUGGAUGAGUUGGAUAGAUUCAAGAGGCGUCUUAUACGAGCCGUGGCUCGGCUUAUGAUUGACGAGAAGAAACCUGAGGAAGAAAUAUGGUCGCAACUGAAAAUAGAAACUGGCUCCAACUGCAAAUUACUAUGGACCCGGAUGAAAGCUCUAACAGAGAAGAAAGUGGGUCAUCUGCUAGAUGUGAACGAUCACACGGUGGCCAUACCCAAGCCGGCCAGGAUGUCUCUCACGGAUUGGCUGCUGUUCGACCUCGUGCUCGUCCACCAGAAAAUAGACCUUAUUGGACAGGAUAAGCCGCAUCGUCGUGAAGACCCCGAGGCCCUGGUGAAGUUGUUCGAGCUGGUGAAGAAGUUCAAGAUCGAGGGCAAGGCCGGAGACCACCUGGCCGAAGCCUGGUCGAACGCAACUAUCUAUUAUAAUAACAAAGGUCAUCAAUGUUCUCCCAUGCUGCUGCAGCGCCGCUGGUACCAGCUGAAGGAGUUGACUCGCACCAAGUUCUAUAACUUCUGGUAUGCUUACCGCGGGACUGUCAAGCGCCUAGCCCUGGCCGAGCCUCAUACACCCACGCCGCUACAAGCUGCUAUUGCUCAACAGUAUAAACAUUUAGUGACGAGGCCGUUCCUAGAAUGGGAAGAGUUGAUUGAGAGGAGAUUAGUCACAUUGCCUGAGGAGUUUGAACGACAAAUGCUUCAAAAGAGUGCACCUAGGUGUUACGUUAGAAAACUUUUAGAAGAUGGCCCAGAUCUGGAACUAAUAGAACCAAGAAUAGAAACGAUAGACCUCAGAAACAUAGCAGAUGAAGAAAGCGAAGACGAUGAGAAGGACCAAGCACAAGAUAUCUCCACGCCCACAGUCAAAAUAAAAGAAGAACCGCUCGACUCAGAGAUGGAUAUCGGAGAAAUACAGGUAGAAGCACCCAAAAAAUCCAUAUACGAUUCAGUUUUAGAAUCAACUGAUAAAGAAAAUGAGAAACUUGAAAGUAUGGACGCUAACGAUUUUGUUGAUGACGAUUUCGCCGCUGAUGACGAUUUAUUCAAUGAAGAAAAAGAAAUUGAGGAAACUAUAGCAACAACACUUGAUCAAGAGGAUUCAGUGUUGCCUCAAAUUACGAAUGUUUUCGGUAAUGUUAGUGACGCUAACGUGUUCAGUAAUAUGGAGACAGUGGAGCAAAGUGACGUUAAAAAUGUAAAUAUUGAUGAGAAUGCUACUGUUGCACAUACGAGUGUCAGUGGUAUCCUUCAAACUAGUUCCAAGGAUAAUAUUAUUGUGAAAACUCAAGACAGUGAUAGUGUAGGCCUUGACGAUAAAGAUAAAGUUGGUAAUACCAACAACAGUAAAGAAGAGAUCGAAACUAAAGUUCCCGAUGGUAUUGAAGAUUCAGAUAAACUUGUUUCUAGCACAGAAGAUAUACCCAAAGACAAUUUAGAUCCUAAAACAGAUGAUAAUGCAGAAGAUGUAGUUAUAAUAGACAACACUCCUGCUCCGGUUGUAAUCUCUGACUCAGAUGACGAAGAAAAAUUUGAAAAGAGUGAUGAAAUCGUUGAUGAUAUAUUCUUACCUGCCCCUAGUGAACCCAUGGACAUUGAAAAGUAUACGUCAACUGACCCUGAAACUAAAGGUGACAUAGAUGUUAGUAAAGUUGCUCUAACUAGUCAAGACAAUGAAGAUAAAAAAUCAGAUAUACCUGGUUUCUCGUUUGGUCAACUGCCAAAUGAUAUUAGCUUUGCUGACGAAGGCAUCGUGUAUGUUGAGGAAGACGAAAAGAGAGCCAGCACUGACGCUGAAGAUGUGCCGAAGAUAGACCCGAAGCUGCUGAUGUUCCCCAUCGUGUACACCACCAGGUUAGACCACAUGGCUCUCGCACAGUUCCAACACAUUAGCGACAAAACAUUGAUAGAAACCAUUGCAACCAAAAGUAAACCUAUUAAGCUAGAACCACAGACUAGUAACCCAGACCAAGAAAUUGUAGCAGAAACGAGUAGACCGGUUAAACAAGAACCACAGCCAUUAGACGAAAAUGCCACUGUAGCCAAAAGCGAACCAGUCGAAAAGAAACCAGACACUGACGUCCCACCAGACGACAGUGACUCAGAUGACGAUAAGAUUCCAGAUAGCAAAAAAGUUAAACCGUCCAGCCAUCUACUACAAAAACCUAGAAGUCGCACCUACAAUCCUAUACAACUUUGCAAAAAUCCCGACUUCAAUACCAGGCUUAAGUGGCUGACAGUAGGGUUCUUCACCAUACCCCGUAACCGCGGACUGAUCAAAACUUGCAAGCCCUUGACUAUAGAUGUCAGCAAAGCUUUCGAAUCUAAACUUAUUGAGGGCAGGCUGUAUCUAAAGCCAAGCGAUGUUAAUAUCAAGACGGAAGAUCCAGUCAAGGUAGAGGAAGAGAGUAUCCAAAGUGUCACAGUCUUGCCUUCCGCUAUGCCCGUACAGAGUCUCAUAAAUAAUUCCAAAAUCCCGGACAUUCCUGCGCCUUCGCCAAGUUACUUCUACAAACCGACCCCCGAGGUAGCAUCAUGUAGUAGCACUAAUGAAAGAAAUAAAGUGAUAAAUCUACCAGACAUUUCGGAGAUACGGCGCAUCAACCAACGACUGCUGACGGCUGAGGUAACACCCAUACAAGUGCAAAACAAUCAGCCACAAGUACCGGUCUCUAUUGUCACGUCUCCUGACACACAAAGAAGUAUUACUAAAGUAACUGUACCUAUACCUGGAACAAAUACACAAUUAUUAAAUGAAGCUAACUACGUCAGAGGUCCGCCUAAAUGUGUCGACAUCACUCAAGACAUGCCUAAUAAAACAAUCAAACACUCUGCGACAGGAAGUGAUCUCCUCAUGGCGAAAGGGCCAAGUCGGGCAAACGCUAAGAACAAGUAUCCUGUAAGACCAGCAACUGCGGCAUGGAAACCACGGACAUUAAAAGAAAAAAUACCAUGGCUUGAUAUAAAGACCGGCCACUCUAAUUAUAGCAAAAUGGUGGGGGAAACACUCUUGACCUUGGAUACUCUCAACAAAAUGUUGUUUCUUCUCAUAGAAAAAGAGGAGGAACCUCCUGCUUCAAACGAGAAAAAAAAUAAAAAUAAUAAAAAAAGUGAUAAAAGUCAGCAAAAUUAUCAAAGUAAAUCGAGGAAUGAUGUGACAGAUGACAAUAAUUCAUCGAAGAACCUUUCGGAAACAGCUAACAAGAGUUACCCUAACAAAGUAAAAUUCAAAGUUAGAUCUGCGGAACCGAGAGCUCACCCGAGAAGUACAGUAGAUAAAAAACCUGAACCGAAUAAAAAGCAAGUUCAAUUUUGUUGUUGGAGUCGACAAAGAAUGCUGGACUUGUUAUUUUCUAAAAGGCAAAGACCCCCACACGAUUGUCCUACAAACCAAUGUAGAUGUUGCUGCCAGCAUAUGCUAAAGGAUUAUAUGAAGCGAGCUAUGCAGAUGAAAGAAUCAAGCGAGGCAAAUGUGGAUGUAAUGACAUAUUUGUCAUCAACCGUUCGUAAACUCAAUGACAACGAUGAAAGUUCAGUGACCGUCCCCGUAAAAGUGGUCGUCCAUUUUCCUCCUACGCAUCAUACACCGUGUAUAGCCGUCGAAGAACUUACUAUCUCUAAUGAAACAUCUGAGUCUGUUCCUGCAACAGAAAUUGAUACAUCCGAAGUGUCGACUACAGGAGUGCCUCAAGAUGCGGCUAUGGUAACUACUACAGAAGCGACCGCAGAAACUAGUACAAUAGUGGACUCAGAAACUAGUACAAUAGUUAGCUCAGUAACUAGAACGCAAGAGAGCUCAGAAACUAGUACAUUAGCGAGUCCAGUAACUAGCAGAGAAGUGACGCUAGUACCAACCCUCGAAGUGAGGCCAGUACCAACCCUCGAAGUGACGCCUAUUACUGUAGACGUGCCGUCCGUGAGUCUAGUAGCACCUCCUAAUCUAACCGUACGUGGGAUAGAAACUCCAGUGAUGGUAUCUUCCGGUGAUGGAAUAUCUAAUCCCUCUAGGCUCUCCCGUCGUACUAGCGCUGAUAAUCAAAUAAAACGAAAAAUAUUAAUUCCACUUGACCCAAACCCGUCAAUUAAGGUUCUUCCUGCGCCUACCGAUUCUCCACCUAAGAAUGAUUUGAAGCCAAGAAGGUAUGUAAUACAGAAAACACUACGAAAAAAGACUGCGGCACCAAUUAUGAAAUCUAACAUCACUAGUAAACCUAGCACUUUGCCACAUGCACUACAAAAAAAAGAAAAGAUGAUAUUCAUAAACAGCAAACACCUAAUCGAUAAGCCAACAGAGUGCCCAGUAUUAUUGGGAAAAAAUAAAAUAUUACUGACCACAGUAAAAUUUCCUCAUAAUUUAAAACAAUUUGAAGAGACUAAAUUGGCUUUAGGUCCAUCGCUUAAAAUACCAAAAGGGGUACAGUUAACUUGUCUAAGUGAUGGUACAAUAUCCUACAGUAUAGAUAAAAACGUUCCCGUUAAGGUACAGGAGCUAGCUGAGAUGCCAGCGAUCAUAGCGGCAGUAAGAGCUCAUAUGGACCUGCAUAGUCAACCAGUUCCCGCGAAUAACCAGCCCAGUGUCGCGGAAGCGGAAGUGGUCGAUCUCAUCGAUGACGACGACGAUAACGAUAUUGCUAAAUCUACCACUGAACAUAAUAAAAAUAACGAGUCCUCGCCUGUCACUGAAGAACGGAACGAAAUAAAUACAAAUAAUCAGAAUGUUGUUACCGGCGAGAUAAGUCUUAUUGAUAUGCAGGAGGGAGAAGUCAAACAAUUGAGUGAUAUUAAAGAAUCUUUGCCUUCAGCAGAAGUACAAGACCAGCCGAAUACAUCAGGUCUUGAAUACAAUCAACUCGAAUCGACAACUCAAAAUAUAAGUACUGAAGUGCAACAACCUUUAUUGGAGCAAGUUAACGAACAACCUGAGCCAUUAACCCAAAAGGAAGCCAUCGAAGUGAGCAACCAGGUUGAGCCGGCAACCCAACCUGAGCCGGCUAACCAACCUGAACCGACAAACCAACCUGAAUCGGCAAAUCAACCCGAGCCGGCGAACCACCGUGAGCCGGCAAACAAACCUGACGAGCCGGCGAACCACCCUGAGCCGGCAAACAAACCUGACGAGCCGGCAAAUCAACUUGAGCCGGCAAACAAACCUGACGCGUCGGCAAAUCAACCUGAGCCGGCAAACAAACCUGACGAGCCGGCAAAUCAACCUGAGCCGGCAAACCAAUCUGAGCCGGCAAACCAAGACAACGCAAGUUUGCCCUGCAUAAACAAAAGUAAAAAUAUACUAUCAGAUCUAAUGGAGAUGUCCGGAAUAUUUGAUGAAGACAUGUCGACUACGGCACCACCCGUGGAACCAGUUCAGGAACAACCUGUUUUGCCACAAAUCUCCGUAGAAACCUCAACAUCAGAGCCACCUAAAAUUGUGGUGCAACCAGACUUGGAUAAAGGCACUACUUCAGUACCUGUGAUAAAAACGGCAGUUGGCGAACUAUCCCCCAUCUCAUCGUUGUACGAACUGAAAUAUGCGUGCUUGAACAAGGGAACAUUCUUCAAACUAGAUUUCAGCACUGGAUAUCUUGUACCCAUAAAUGUUUGUAUGAAGCAAAACGUUAGACAAGUUCCACUGGUACUGCCAAGGAUUGCUCCAAAGGGUGUGAUCGAUCUUACUGAUGAAGUUGAUACCUUGCCGGUAUCAUCAGAAGCACCAAACCAACACACCGAAGAUGUUCAGAUUUUACCCAGUGACGUUGGUAGCGCCGAAGAUGUUCAGAUGUUACCCAAUAGCUCCAGUAGAUCACUGUUAAUCGCCCGUGAACCACCGAAAGCAAAUAAAGGACCCGAAGUCAAACCUGUCAAGUUGUACAAAUCACCUAACAUAUUGCGUAUACUAGGUAAAGCUAAAAUGAAAAGAAAGCUAGCACAAGAAGAAGAACAAAAAAAUAAAAGAAAUGAACCAAAACUUUAUCACAAACUGAAACAAAAGCAAGCAUAUAAGAUACCAGAAGAUACAACCAAGGAAACGUCACCUGUGCUUGAAACCGCCACUGUUUUGUCCGAUGAUUCGUCUGACGAAGAACCUCUUUCUAACAUUGUGAAAAGGAGGAAAGCAAAUGAAGCUGAACUUGAGAAAGCGAAGUCAAAUGAACCUGAACAAAGUAAUGAAACUGAAUCAGAGUUUAUAGACUAUUUAGACGAAGUUACUGAAGAUUUUGAAAUGAGUGAUUUAACAUCGAAGGAGACGUUAAUAGAAGUUGAUAUGGAUGAGAGUAAUGAUGAAGAAGAAGGUUGUAUAUUAGGUGUUUAAUCUCAAGUCAACUUUCAACUUUUUCAUAACUCGUGCGAAUAAUUUUGUAUAUAUAUUUCAUAUAUUGGUAUCCAAUUCAAAUUAUUGAAGCUAUUUAACUUUAACGACCGCUAUAUGACUUCAGUGGCGACUUGAGUUAACUGCGACAUAUUAUCAUCCUGGAGAGUCUGAAGUUAGAUUAGUUACGACCUAUAUUUUAAUUUGUCAACUAACUUUAGACUGACCAAGCUACAAGGUAGUGUGUGAGCUAUCAUUUAAUGUAGAAUCUAACUUAAGAUAAGCACUAAAUCGUUUUAUGUAAAUUAUUAGCAAAUAAACAGUGGGGGCCUUACUACAAAAACUUUAAACCCUGUUUUACACUUGUCUAAUAAAAUUUUGGCUGCAAAAUGAACCAUAUGUCAACGUCAUAAUUUGACAUUUUUUUAGACAAGGCAUAAACUGACGUUUAAAAGUUUUUGUGGUAAGACGGUGGGUCUUUACUUAUUGUUUGCUAAUAAGUAACAUGUUAACGUUCUCUCCAGGUAGGAGUAGUGAGUAACUUUUAUUAUACAGAUAAUUGAAACCAAGUGUUUGUCACCUUUUCUCAAAAUGAAUAUUGUCAACAAAUUAGUUGCAGACAAUGAAAAAAUUCUUUUUCACUCAUUUGGCACGUAAGGUUGACCAGUAUUUAUUGAUAGUGACAAGGUGGAUCUAGCAAUUACAAUUUUACCUUGAUGUUGAAUCUAAUGCGAUGUAAUCCAUAGAUUUACUGUGAUAUUAUUUUAGGAGACUCGUAUUAUUAGGUAAGGUAAGGUCAAAUAAAUAUUCUAAUUUCUUGCUCAGCUAUAGGUUUUGUAAUUCAAUUCAGUAACUUUACAGUUACCGGCACGGAUGUCGAGCCCUGACCUUCACCUGCGCAGAAGCGACUUACUGCCUUAUUGCCUAUGCAUACGGGUGCGCAAAGCGAUCCCCACUCUUCCGCCGAGAGCUCAAUAUCCGUGCCGGUAUCUGUAAUUGUUAUCUAUACUUGUCGAUACAAUGUUUAAGUUGGUAAAGUUGAAAAAAAAAUCAUGCAAUUUCCAGCGAUUCUUUUGUAAAUAUUUUAUAAUAUUGUUUUGGUUGAUGUUGGUGCGGUGUACACAUCCGUACGGACUCAGUUAAAAGAUUUUAUUUUAAAAUUACAGACAUUUAAUUGAUUUAUAUGUACAGAUUUGGGAAAUGCAAAUUCUUAUUUGUGUGCAGGCCCGCCGCAAGCGGGCGUGCAAAGCGUGCACCGCACGCGGGCGGCACGUCCUAGGGGGCGGCAAAUCGAACGACUUAUCACGUAAUAUUUAAAAAAUACAAUAUCUUUUUACCAAUGAUUUGAUUUGCAAAUGCCCCGGGCGGCAUGAUUUAGGGGGCGGCAAAAUUAAACCAUAAUUACGUAAUAAAAUUAGAUGAGUAGAUUAGCAAUAAAAGUUCAGAAAAAGCCGCCCUCGCUUUGGUCAUGUCCUGUCAAUUUUGACGGGUUCACCCUUUGCAUCCCCAAAAAAAUUCGGUUAUGGCUUUUUGUUCACUUUGGCUUUUUAGGACAUUUUUACUUCAUAAAAACUCUAAGGAAAAAAUCGCGCUCGCUUCGCUCGCGGCUUCGUAUUCAUUUGCACUUCAUUUCUGUGCAUAUCUUACUAUUUCACUCUGCUUUGUUCAUUUACACUGGUUUUUAUUUGUUUUGUGUCCUUUGACUGAAAAAUUUUCGCACUCGCUUCGCUCGUGCUUUCUUACAUAUGGGUUGUAUUUAUGCCUUGACUUUUUCAACGGGAAACCCACCAAAAACCAUAAAUAACAUAUUUAACUAAAUUUAAACAUUGUUAUAGAUAUUUAUUUGCAGACCAUAAACUAUAAAAUUUGCGCCCGGUCCGCUCGCGUUUAUUUAAGAUUGCUUCUCUUUUCUUGCAUCGCACUAGGCGCACUACACAGAAGAGCUAACCUUAUUAAAAUACAUAUUUUAUAAUCAUAACGAAUUUUGAUUUUUUUGACAAAACCCAGUAUAAUAUGUACUUAGUCGUAGGGCGGCAUAAUCAGUUUUGCACGCGGGCGAACUAACAGCUAGCGGCGGGCCUGUUUGUGUGUUAGGUAGAUAGUUAAUAAUUAUUUGUGUGGAUAUUAUUGUGAAAUAUGGGAUGCCUGCCAUCCGUCAGGGUACCAAUAUGGGUACCUACCUGUCAAGUUGAUGUUUUCAUAUUUGUUACUUUAACCGUCAGUUGCACAAAGCUCC